AUGGCCAACUCUCCGAAAGCAUCCUCUGCAACCGCCCAAUCUCACAUUCCUCCGACUGAAACCUCCCAGAUUUCCCAGUCGCUCAAAUUCGUCGUCUCAAAUCUCAAAACGCUCGUCCCGAAUCAACUCUCAUCCGAGAAAUAUCCUCUUUGGUGUCAUCAGAUUUCAAAGCUUCUCCGCGCCAAUGAUUUCGAUCACUUUCUUGCUCCACCCACCCUCUCACUGGACUCCACUGAUCCUGCCGAAGCUUCGCUGAUCAAGAACUGGCGGUUCAUAGACCAGAAUCUUCAGACAGCCCUGUGCUCGACGAUCUCGCCGACUGUACUCCCAUAUAUUCUUCAUCUCGACACCACACAUGAGAUUUGGCAAGUUCUUGAAAGCCAGUUUCAGGCUACCAGUCGAUCCAAGGUGAUUCAGCUCAAGAAUGAGCUUCAUCACAUAUCCAUGAAAAAUUUCUCGAUGAUCCAGUAUCUUACAGAAAUCAAGAAGCUCGUCGAUCAAAUUGCAUCAGCUGGGUCUACAAUCGAUUCUGAAGAUAUUGUUCUCUACAUCUUGAACAGUUUGCCGUCGGCGUAUCACUCGUUCAAAACGUACAUUCGGAACUCACCCACUCAAAUUCGUCUUGAAAAUCUGUAUGCCAUGCUUAUCAGUGAAGAGAUCCAUAUCAAUGCUGAUGCCACUCGCAACUCCGUCGAAACCAGUCAACAAUCGGCUCUAUACGCUAACAAGGGUCGAGGUCGUCGCACUCGAGGUCGCUCCAACCAAUCUCAAAACUCGAAUGGCCGAUCAGGACAACAGCAACAACAGCUAAUCACUUGCCAGAUCUGA